CAAUAAAAUUUAACUUCAAGCUUCUGUGUCCUUCUCCACGGCCUGCGGCCUAUGAGAUAUUUUUAACUAGCCUGUUUUGGAUUUUGCACCAUUAAAGUUGAUGAACCAGUUCGUUGACCUGGAAUAAUCCUUGAAAGAACUAGAAGAACAGUGACUGAACUUUUUUCUCAGCUCAGAAGAACGACUUCCUCUGACUGAGAACAUUAAGAAGGUGGCGAAAUGGGAAAACUUGGUCGGAUUCUAGACACGUUUUGUCUCUCAUCAUCAUCUAGCUCAAGUUCUUGCUUCUGUAUGAAUUCCAUGGAGGCUAAGGAUGAGAAUGAGAUGAAGCCCUUGGUUGCUACUGAAAGUAGUGAUGGAGACCAAAAGCUCAGAUUGAAGGAUGUAGUUGCUGGGAAGCAGACAUUGGGUUUUCAAUUGAAACCAAAGAUAGUGAUGUUGAAGGUUUCCAUGCAUUGUGAUGGUUGUGCUAAGAAAGUUGAGAAGCAUGUGUCCAAGUUAGAAGGGGUGAGCUCAUACAAGGUAGAUCUGGAAAACAAAAUGGUGGUUGUUGUUGGAGACAUUCUUCCUUUGGAAGUGUUAGAGAGUGUGUCCAGGGUUAAAAAUGCUGAGCUUUUGAGUUAAUUCUUCAUCCAUGUCUCUGUCAUGUUGUUUGAAUUAUUGAGUGCAUAUUAAUCCUUUUGCCUACCCUACUUUCUUUAUGCAAUUCUCUUGCAGGAUAGCAAUAUUAUUUUAUUA